GCAUAUGGCGUACGCUCAGUUUGUGUUUAUGUCAAUAAGAAACAGAUUUUAAUAUUUGCGCGGGUGUGGAUUAAUUAAUUUAUUAGGAAUUAUGUGUUUGUGAAAACUGUGCAUUGUGUGUUUUUUCGUGAUAAUGUUUUCUCUUAUUGGACUUUUGGAUGACCUCAUAACUAUACUGUACUUCUAAGGACAUUUAGUUCCAGAAAAGAAUUUUAUUCUUUUCAAAAUGGAGGCCGUAACCACACCCGCGCGGCCCGGCGCCGGUAAAAUGCGAGAGCGGCGUCGCGCGCUCCACCGCACCGCCGCUCUGCUGUUGACCUGCCUCCUCUUCAUCAAUCCUCAAGUUGACGCUGCUGAUCCACCGGAGAUUACGAUCCGCCCGCGGAACCUGCAAGUACGCGCGAACGGAAUUGCCGCGUUCUACUGCGCCGGCCGCGGCGACCCCAUGCCGAACAUACAGUGGCGAAAGAACGGGAAACGAGUCUCAAACAUGCAAUCUCGGUACCAAGUGUCCGCUAUGGACGAUACGGCUGGUCCUGGCGCGAAAGGCGCUGUUCUCCGUAUCGAACCCGUGAGAGCGAUCCGCGACGACGCCACUUACGAAUGUGUCGCGGAGAAUGGCGUGGGGGAUGCUGUUAGUGCGGUUGCCACCCUGACUGUCUUCGAAGCUGAUAAAGUUCCCCCCGGUUUCCCGAGCAUCACACCUCCCCCAACCACAAUGGUCGUGGAAGUUGGUCACACAGCAACCCUGCCCUGUCAGGCCACCGGCAACCCAACCCCGAAGGUCAAGUGGCUUAUGAACUCGCUGCCACUUGACAUCAAUACCAACCCCAGAUACACAUUGCUUAAUGACAAGAUGCAUGGUACAUUACAAAUAGUGAAGAGUGAGGAAAACGACCAGGGCAAGUAUGAAUGCGUCGCUGAAAAUGCUAUAGGAACUGAAUUUGCUAAGCCAACUUCACUAUAUGUCAAAGUGAGACGUGUGUCGCCUCAGUUUUCUAUACCACCGCCUCCGCGCACUGAGGUCAUGCUGGGCGGGAACCUGACGCUCAAGUGCGUUGCCUUCGGAUCACCUAUGCCGACUGUUAAAUGGAAAAAAGGUUUGACCCAAUGGUUGACGCCCGAAGAUAACCCACCACUUGGCCUGAAUACUCUCACUUUGGAGGAUAUCAGAGAAUCGGCUAAUUACACGUGUGAAGCGGCCAGUGUGCUUGGCGUCAUUGAAACUACUGCUGAAGUCAAAGUGCAAACACUCCCCGGUCCACCAUCAGAAGUCAGAGCCUCGGAAAUCACAGCAACUACCGUACGCCUAGCUUGGACUUACAGUGGACCAGAAGAACCUCAAUACUAUGUCAUACAAUAUAAGCCAAAAUAUGCUAAUCAGGCAUAUAGCGAAAUAUCAGGUGUUAUCACACAAUAUUAUUCGGUGACGAACUUAUCACCAUACACCGAGUAUGAAAUGUACGUGAUCGCGGUGAACAAUAUUGGUCGAGGUCCUCCAUCCUCGUCAGCUGUCAUCACCACCGGUGAAACUGUGGAUUCCUUGUAUGGAGGUACCAAACCCGGAUCCGCGCCUAGAAACGUCCUGGUCAGACCGUUGAGCUCCAGCACAAUGGUUAUACAAUGGGAUGAACCAGAGACACCCAAUGGACAAGUUACGGGAUAUAAGAUAUUUUAUACUACCGACCCCUCGCAACCGUUACAGUCUUGGCAUUCGCAAAUGAUGGACAACAGUCAUCUAACGACCAUAAGCGAGCUUACACCGCACACUGUAUAUACGAUACGAGUGCAGGCGUUUACCUCAGUGGGUCCAGGCCCCAUAUCUGCGCCUGUACAAGUGAAAACUCAACAAGGUGUACCAUCUCAACCGUCUAACCUAGUAGCUGUAGAGGCUGGAGAGACAUCAGUAACAUUGUCGUGGAGACGGCCAACACACGCCGGAGAUAACAUCGUGUCCUACGAACUUUACUGGAAUGAUACAUAUGCAAAAGAACAUCAUCGCAAGCGGAUACCAAUAACAGAAACUUACACCCUCAAUGGUUUAUACCCCAACACAUUGUACUACAUUUGGCUGGCGGCGCGGUCGCAGCGGGGCGAGGGCGCGACCACACCGCCCAUAGCAGUCCGAACCAAACAAUAUGUUCCUGGAGCGCCUCCUAUGAAUGUCACCGCCGUGCCGAUAUCGCCCACUGCGAUCCGCGUGUCGUGGCAACCGCCGCCCGCCGAACGGGCGAACGGCAGAAUCGCAUAUUACAAGCUGCUUUGCGUGGAAUCGGAGAGAGGAGACUCGGAAGCGACUGUCGUGAAACUGAACCAAACUUCGUUCACUUUGGACGAAUUGCGUCGUUGGACCGAGUACCGCAUUUGGGUGCUCGCUGGCACUAGUGUGGGCGACGGACCCGCUUCGUACCCGGUCACCGCGCGCACCCACGAAGACGUGCCCGGAGAACCUCAAGACGUGAAAAUCAAUGCCAUCAACUCCACAUCCAUACACGUGACGUGGAAGCCUCCCCAAGAAAAAGACAAGAAUGGAAUUAUUCGAGGUUAUCAUGUACACGUACAGGAAAUGAGAGAAGAGGGCAAAAACUUUCUCAAUGAUCCAAUGCGUUUCAACGUUAUGGAUGACACUACACUUGAGUUAAAUGUAACUGGACUUCAACCUGAUACUAAGUAUAAUGUUCAAGUAGCUGCUCUGACAAGAAAGGGAGACGGAGACCGAAGUGCGCCAGUGUCUGUGAAGACGCCUGGCGGUGUGCCAAAUAGGCCUACUGUCAACCUAAAGGUUUUGGAGCGAGAACCUAUUGUGUCAAUAGAAUUAGAAUGGACGAGACCAUCGCAAACGUAUGGAGAUUUACUUGGUUAUAGACUUAAAUUUGGCAUAAAAGACCGGGGUCUUGACGAAGAGAAUUAUAGUACUAAAGUAACUUCACGCAAACUAAUUGAUUUAGAAAGAGGCGUCCAAUAUGAAUUUAGGCUUGCUGGUAAAAAUCAUAUUGGUGUUGGUCAAGAAAGUAUAAAAUAUUGGCUUACUCCUGAAGGAGCACCCAAAGGACCACCUACUAAUAUCACCUAUCACUUCCAAACCCCUGACGUAAUUAGUAUUACUUGGGAACAACCAAUUAGAGCAGAUAGAAGUGGGCAAAUAAAAAAAUAUGACGUCCAAUUUUAUAAAAAAGGAGAUCAAUCAUCACUUGUCGAAAAGACUACAGAAUUAACUAAAGCAGUGUUCACUGGGCUAGAAGAGGAUGCACACUAUGUUUUUAAAGUUAGAGCUUAUACUGAUCAAGGCGUGGGACCUUAUAGCAAAGAUGUUACGGCUCAUACUGAAAGGGACAUCGGUAGAGCGCCUAUGUCAGUAAAAGCCGUUGCAACUUCAGAGUCUGGUGUUGAGGUAUGGUGGGAAACAUUUCGAUCAAGAAAGAAAAUUAUCGGCUAUGUUAUUUUUUACACUAUGACACCAGUAGAGGAUCUCGAUGAAUGGAAACAGAAAAGUGUUCAUGUAACACAUUCUGCUGAUUUAGAAAACUUAGAGAAAUUUGCAGAAUAUGCUAUCGCCGUUGCUGCUAAAACGGCGGAUGGUCUCGGUAGAUUAUCUGAAAAAGUAACGGUAAAAGUGAAACCAGAAGAAGUGCCUUUGAACUUGAGGGCUCAAGAUGUGUCCACUCAUUCUAUGACCCUUUCAUGGGCAUCUCCUUUACGCUUAAAUCCUGUUAGUUAUAAGAUUUCAUAUAACGCUAUUAAAGAAUUUGUGGAUUCACUAGGUAUGACACAGACACAAGAAAUACCAAAAAGAGAAAUAAUCGUAAAACAUGAUCGGACGACACAUUCAAUUAACGAUCUAUCUCCAUUCACGACAUAUAAUGUAAAUGUAAGUGCUAUUCCUAAUGAUGACUCUUACAGACCGCCGACAAAGAUUACUGUUACAACACAAAUGGCGGCUCCGAAACCUAUGGUUAAACCUGAUUUCUAUGGGGUUGUAGAAAAUGAAAUUCUUGUUAUUUUACCUCAAGCUUCUGAAGAAUAUGGACCUAUUUCCCAUUAUUAUCUAGUUGUAGUACCUGAUGACAAAGCACAUAAUCAUAAGAAUCCCGAUCAGUUUCUAACUGAUGAUCUAAUUAAAAGUAACGUUAGGACUGACGACGAAAAUGCUCCAUAUAUAGCUGCAAAAUUUUUACAACGAAACAUUUUGUACACUUUUCAUCUUGGUAAUGACGAUAUGUAUGAAGGAUUUCUGAAUAGAAAGUUAAAUCCAAGCAAAAAAUAUAGAGUAUUUGUGAGAGCCGUUGUAGAUACGCCUCAGAAACAUCUUUAUACAUCUAGUCCAUUUUCGGAAUAUUUGUCCCUUGAUAUGCGUGAAGCUCCACCUGGUGAAGAACCCAGUCGACCCGAUCCUAAAGAUAUUAAUGGCGAUCCAGAAAUUAGGAUUGAGGAAAAUAGAAAAGAAGCGGGUAUGGUGUGGGUCAUUGGUCCUAUAAUAGCAGCUUUGAUGCUUUCAUUGUGCUUAGUUCUCGUGUUCAUUCUAAAGAGACGAAGGCAACCGUGUAAAACACCAGAUCAAGCAGCUGUUACACGUCCUUUAAUGUCAGCUGAUGUUGGUUUUGGUGCACCAUCUGACCCUGUGGAAAUGAGACGUUUAAAUUUCCAAACUCCUGCCAUGAUCUCUCAUCCUCCAAUUCCAAUUUCGGAACUUUCUGAUCAUAUCGAUAGGUUAAAAACUAAUGAUAAUCUCAAAUUCUCUCAGGAAUAUGAAAGUAUUGAACCAGGGCAACAAUUUACUUGGGAUCAUUCUAAUAUGGAAGUCAAUAAACCCAAAAAUCGUUACGCUAAUGUAAUCGCCUAUGAUCAUAGUCGUGUCAUCCUGCAACCCAUUGACGGAAUUCUUGGAAGCGACUACAUAAAUGCUAACUACUGCGAUGGCUAUCGUAAACAUAAUGCUUACGUUGCGACUCAAGGCCCCCUUCAAGAAACUUUUACCGAUUUCUGGCGAAUGUGUUGGGAACUCCGUACAUCUACAAUUGUAAUGAUGACAAAAUUAGAAGAAAGAACGAGAAUUAAAUGCGAUCAAUAUUGGCCCAGCCGCGGCAGCGAAACAUAUGGCAUGAUGACUGUAACAAUCGCGGAAGUUCAGGAGCUUGCCACUUAUUGCAUACGUACUUUCCAAGUCACUAAAAACGGAGGUGCUGAGCGACGAGAAAUCAAACAACUACAGUUUACAGCUUGGCCUGAUCAUGGAGUUCCAGACCAUCCUGCUCCGUUCUUGCAAUUCUUGCGACGUGUACGAGCCCUAAACCCACCAGAUGCAGGCCCUCUCGUUGUUCACUGUUCCGCUGGUGUUGGCCGAACAGGGUGUUUCAUUGUGAUCGAUUCCAUGUUAGAACGAGCCAGACAUGAACGUACGGUCGAUAUUUACGGUCAUGUAACUUGCCUCCGGGCUCAACGUAACUACAUGGUGCAAACUGAAGAUCAGUAUAUUUUUAUCCAUGAUGCUUUGCUUGAGGCCGUUGUUUGCGGAGAUACUGAAGUCCCAGCUCGUAAUCUGCAUGCGCAUAUUCAAAAGCUUAUGCGUAUUGACUCCAUUGAAAAUAUUACUGGUAUGGAAUUGGAAUUUAAGAAGUUGGCUAAUAUGAAAGCUGACUCCAACCGAUUUGUGUCUGCUAGUCUGCCAUGUAAUAAGCACAAGAACAGAUUGGUUCAUAUUUUGCCAUUUGAAUCUUGCCGCGUUUGCCUAACACCUCGUGACGGCUCAGAUUAUAUUAACGCAUCUUUUGUGGACGGUUAUCGGUACAGAUCGGCCUAUAUUGCAACCCAGGGACCGUUGCCGGAUACUACAGAUGAUUUCUGGCGAAUGCUAUGGGAACAUAAUUCUACUAUCAUCGUCAUGUUGACUAAAUUGAAGGAAAUGGGAAGGGAAAAAUGCCACCAAUAUUGGCCGUCUGACCGUUCUGUGCGCUACCAAUGCUUCGUGGUGGAUCCUAUUGCAGAAUAUAAUAUGCCUCAAUACAUCUUGAGGGAAUUCAAGGUAACAGACGCUCGCGAUGGGGCCUCCAGGACGGUCCGGCAGUUCCAGUUUACUGACUGGCCGGAACAAGGCGUGCCGAAGAGUGGCGAAGGUUUUAUCGACUUCUUGGGACAAGUUCAUAAGACAAAAGAACAGUUCGGACAAGAUGGACCCAUUACUGUUCACUGCAGUGCUGGCGUGGGUCGUACGGGAGUGUUCAUCACACUGUCGACGGUGUUGGAGCGCAUGCAGUACGAGGGCGUGGUGGACGUGUUCCAGACGGUACGCACGCUGCGCACCCAACGUCCCGCCAUGGUGCAAACUGAGGACCAGUACGACUUCUGCUACCGCGCGGCUUUGGAGUACCUGGGCUCGUUCGACCACUAUGCCAACUGACGCUGAGAUAUGCUCGUCUAAAAUGGAACACUGGUCACUGAUUUUAACUUAUUAUUUGUACUUAAAUUUUCCGCCAAAAUUAUUUUAUUGUCUCUGUGAUGUCAGCAAAAGAGCAUAUCGAAUAUUUUUUAAAUUAUUGAUCUCAUGUUUAUGGUCAUUUAUUCCGUCAUUAUAAUAUGUUCAAAAUUUCUAAUUAAUUUUCUUAAUGACUAAUUAUGUAAAUAGAUAAGUUAUAAAGUUCCGUUUUAUGUAAAUAAAGCAAAUUGUAUUGUAAUUUCGUCUCUAUGCUCUUUUGCUGAUACGCUCUACGUAAAAUCAAAAGAAUUUGUUGAAAAAAAUAUUAUAAACAAGAACAGGAAGAAGUUUAAUUCGCCAUCCAUCUCUGGAAAGUAAUAUUCGUUUAGUCGUGUUUAUUUUCAAUCGACCCACGAGACUGGCCAACUUAGAAGUCCAUUAUUAUUCCCGGGCCGUUCUUUGUGCUUUUAUUAUCUGUGUCUUUUGAACUUGACAAGUGACAGAGUUCCACAACACUAACCCGUAGUGUUGUUCCCACGACACCGACUGAUUGUACUCACCUCAUUCAUUUAAAUUAUAUAUCUAAUGAGGCUAAACAUGUAUGAGUGCCUAGGAAAGCUACUUAUGAUAUAUUUACGAAUGUAACCACUAUUAAAAACAUGAUUGUGAGUCGGAAGGGUAAUAACUACUUAUAAUUAAUUAUCCUAUACUUAUGAUAUACCUAAACACAGCUAGCUGUUCAUGCUAUUAUUGUCUCUAAAUUGGAACAGUAUGUAGUUUAUAUAACUGUUGAAAUAUAAUUAGGAACGAUAUAAACUAUAUAAUAUGAACACUAUAUAUUAACAUACUGAGAUGUAUUUAAAGAUCGGUGUACUGUUACGCGUUGAAAUUAUAAUUUGCAAUUUAAAGUAAAUUAGUGAAAAAAAAACAGUGCGCUUAGAGAACUAAAUAAAUUACGCGAUAUAUUCAAUUCCGAUCGUCACAUAUAUACAGACAUAAUUAUUAAAAUGUAUAAAUAGUUAUUGCAGCUGUAAUUAGAAGUUUAUUUUUCAUAUCGGGUGUUAAAAUAUAUAAUUAAGUAGUGUAAAUUGUGGUAACUCGUUUCACUAUUGCAAUACAUUAUUAUAAUAACUCUUAGACGAAUCGGCUGUGUCAUGUGAAUUUCUGUGUCUGUCCUGUGCGUAGAACACAACUUUAUGUAAAUAGUUACAUGAAUCAUUUUAUAGAUGCUAGAAAUUUUUAUCCUUGCCCAUUUGUGUAACUCUUGCCUGAAAAUGAAUCGUCGAAACAAAUAGUUUUGGCAGCCAAUAUUAUUUUUUAAAUAUCGAAGUUGUUUAUAUAUUCCAGAAUGCUUUCCCAUUGUUUUUUAUUUUUUAUUAAACGGUUUCCCACAAUUGCUUGCUUUUAGAGGAUCGUGAUUUGAUGACAUAUCUAUUUGUAGGUAGAAAAAAAUGUUUAUGUCGGUGUGGUAAUGUUUGAACAUGAUUAUAAAUGAUGGUAUGUGACUCGAUCAUUCGAAUAUAAAUAAUAAUUAAAAGUUGUGAAUAUAAAAAAAAAUGUAACAAACAUGCUCUAAGAAAAUGUAUUGAUUUAAGCUUUUUAGCGUUAUCGUGUAUAAUACGAACAAUACAAUCCUAAUUUAUCCAAAAUACGUAAGGACGUUAAUUAUUUAAAGAAAGACAACUCUCACAACUCUAUCACUCUAUUUUAAGCUAUCUUUAAGUGUAGAACAUUGUUUAAUAUUUUACAGUAUUCCCUUUGCCUAGUAUUGUAUAAGAUUUUUAGGUUUUUCACUCGUUUUAUACAAUAUACCUACUACUUGUAUCGAUCUAUUUACCUACGUAUAAGUUAAAUUUGAGCUUGUAUGUAACAUAGGUAAUAAAAUGCGAUAAAAGCGCGGUCUUCAAACGUAACACGAAGAUGCGCGAACAUUUUAAAAAUAAAUAAAACGUUAACUAAGUACGUCUCGAUUUGGCCGCCUAAUUCGGCCGGUCGUUCGUAACUGCCAAUCGUUUCACUUAGAUAUAAUUGAAGUAAAUUAUAAAACAAUAAAAUACGAAACGUACGUAGAAUUAAUGAGAAUAAUUGUUAAAUUGAGGUUAUAGUGAAAAUUUAAUAAUCGUUGAUGAAUCAUGUAUUUAGCAGGGUUCGGAGCAUUUACACGUCAGUGUUUGGUGGAAUGGGCAAUCUUAUUCCUUUGCUUAACGCAUAGACGCUAAGAAAAAAAUAUAUACGUUUUGCCUAAACAUAAUUUUACAAAUUUCUAGCCAUAUUUUAUUGUAUAUUCAUUCCUUUUAAUGUGUUUGUAUUAAAUUGUGUUGUAUUUAUAUGUAAGUAAUUGUCGUUUCUUCUAUUUUCACAUUAUGUGUUAAUUCAUCAAGAAUUCAUAACGCACACAUCAUCAAUCAAGUCUUCUACAUAUUGUGACAAGGCUUGAACAAUAUUAUUCUGCCUGAUGUAAAUUGUAUGUGAUUAAUAUUAAUAAAUAGCCAUAUUUUAAUUGCAAUAAUCGUAUAGUAAAUGAAUCAUGCCAUUUUACGGUGCUGUUGUCCUUUGUAGUACAAAAUAUUGCCAUUUCAUACAAUUACAUUAAUCAUAUGAUUGAAUGAUUUUGUGCAGUCGAAUUAAUGUACUUACAUGAAUUACAUUAAAAUAAAUUGUAAUUAAUAUAGUAUAUUGUUAUUGCUAUGUAAAUUCGAUUGUACAUGUCACCUCGAUUUCAACCCUUGUUGUUAGUGCAGUAAGAUUCAUAUUUGUUCAUCGACAUUUGUAACAGGCCAUACAUAAUAUUAACAAAUCAUUGCUCGUUGCGUUUGUUACGUAAAAGACUGAUUUACUAUGUUUCGUUGUUUAUUUUAAUGAUAUUUGUGAUUGAUAAAUUCUAUGUUGUAAUAUUCUUAAAUACUGCCCAUCAAAUAAUUACGUAUUUAAUUGUAUUGUAAUUAAUUAGUGCUUUACAUGUAUUUAUUACUUCUGGCUUAUUCCCGCCAUUCAAUUUUAAAUUAAACUGAUGAUCUAUAAAUUAAAUUAAUUUAGACUUUUUUAUUAUUUCAUGUAAUAUGUAUUCAGAAAUAAAUGUUCAAUAUUGUCUACUGUCUUAGUACAUAUUUUUAAACAUUCCAAAACGAAAAUAAGCCGUUUUUACAUAUAUUUUCUUACCUUUGCAGUACAGUGAAUAGUACAAAACGACGCUCUGUAACACACUUUAUAAUUUUGUACCCACUUGCCAUUCCGCGUAUAGUACUUGAUUUGCUAUUAUUGUAAAGGGGUUCUGAGACUAUCUCGGCGCCUUAGCUUUAAAUAAUAUAAAUUAUUUUAGUGCAAUUAAUAUGCCGUACGCAAGAUGGCCGGCGGGACGGAGUGUGAAUGUAAUGUAGGAAUGUAGACGAUUAUUUUUUAAUAAAUCCCGCGCUGCGUCUCGGGACACAGUGGAUUCGCAAAAUUAUACAUAUGUAUAUGAAGAAAUAAAUUUAUG